CAGCCUCCGUCUCGUUUCUCGCUCGCUUCCGUUACUUUGAUCGAGUACUUCGCUUUUUCUCCUCAUACCCAUCAUAGCAACGGGCACUUCCGGAGUGGGUGAGAGAGGCCACGGUUGGAUCGACCAAGUCGGUGAAUUUAAAGCCUGCUCCUUUCUCGCGGAUUGACCACUCUGUUUCUGCCGCUUCUCACAGAGCCAAAAACCCACAGAAGAAGUAGAAGAAGAGAAGGAGAGGAGGAGGAGGAAGAAGGGGAAAUCGAAAUGGGUGAGGCUAAGAAGGUCUUCGCUUUGGCCGAAGUGGCCGAGCAUAACAAUUCCCAGGACUGCUGGCUCGUAAUUGGUGGAAAAGUUUAUGAUGUGACCAAGUUCCUGGAAGACCAUCCCGGUGGCGAUGAGGUUUUGUUGUCUGCAACAGGGAAAGAUGCCACUGAUGAUUUCGAAGAUGUCGGCCAUAGCAGCAGUGCCAGAGCAAUGAUGGACGAGUACCUUCUCGGGGACAUCGACUCUUCAACUAUCCCCACGACAAGAGCCUACACACCUCCGAAGCAGCCUCACUACAACCAAGACAAGACGUCGGAGUUCAUCAUAAAGCUCCUCCAGUUCCUCGUUCCCCUCGCGAUCUUGGGUCUGGCUUUCGGUAUCCGGUUCUACACCAAAUCGACCUAAAUUGAAGUCUAGAUGGCACUAAAUCAUGUCAGAGUUAGACAUUCCAAAAUCAGCUAAAGAACUGCUCUGGUUGCCUUCCCGAAUGGUCCCGAUCACUGUGGUGCAUUGGUAGUGUUAAGUGUACUUUUGAAUGUUGCUUUCCGUCUUAGUGAAGUGAGAAAAUUACCAUUU